GCAGGUCUUAUGGGUGCGACGUGGCCCCGUCAAAUAGGGAGAACAUUAAGAACAGUCGCCAAAUCCUGCUAUCAAGUGCUGUGAGGGAAACAACUGAACUCUCUGGACCAAGAUUAUCUUCAUGGUAGUGUACUGUACAAACAAUUGCAUGUCUUCAAUCACUUUCCAGCAUCACUUGCCUCUAUUACCUUCCAAUACUUCACUUAUACUAGCGGCGGCUUCAGACAAUGCGCCAACCAUAAAGCCUCCCAACUUUGGUCAAAUCCCUUCAUGGCUCUCUCUCAAAACCGCUCCUUCUUCCCUGAAAACCCCGCAACAAAACCAGGCUGGCAAAGUUGAGAACCUACACCUAGUUUCUUUGUCCAAACAGGAGAAGCUCAAAGAAGCUCGUGCUUUUCUCGAGCAAAUGGGCGACGCUGGCGUUUCCGUCCGCCCGUACUCCUUCGAAUGCCUCCUUCAAGCAUGUAGUAAUUUAAAAUCAGUGUCAGAUGGAAGAUACUUUCACCAUAGAUUACGAGAAACAGUGAAGAAUCCCUCUGGGUUUCUUCAGAAUUCCGUGCUUCGUAUGUAUUGUGAUUGUGGUAGCCUAGUUGAGGCGCAGAAGAUGUUUGAUGAAAUGAUUGAAAGAACUUUGGUUUCUUGGUUGAUUAUCAUAUCUGCUUAUGCGGAGGCAGGGUUUUUGAAUAAGUCUUUUCGGUUAUUUUCAGAUAUGAUCGAAUCGGGAAUUGAACCGAAUUCGUUGGUAUACAAUGGUCUGUUAAAGUAUUUAGUUCAUCCUUGUUUUUUGGAACUUGGUAAACAGUUGCAUUCUCAUGUUAUAAGAAGCGGGUUGAGUUCCAGUGUUUCUAUUAAUACAGCAAUCUGUAACAUGUAUGUGAAAUGUGGCUGUUUAGAUGAUGCUAAGCGUGUUUUUGGUCAGAUGGAUGAAAAAGAUUCUGUAGCUUCGACAGCAUUGAUGGUGGGGUUCACUCAAGCUGAGAAAUUGAAGGAUGCUUUGAAUUUGUUUGAGAAGAUGGUAGUUGAAGGUAAUGAAUUGGAUGAAUUUGUAUUCUCAAUUGUCCUCAAAGCCUGUGCUGGGUUGAAGGACUUGAACUUGGGAAGACAAAUUCAUGGUUUUGUUGUUAAACUUGGGUUGGAAUCUGAUGUUUCGGUGGGAACUCCUCUUGUGGAUUUUUACAUCAAAUGUUCAAGUUUUGAAUCUGCUUGUCAAGCAUUUGAGAGGAUAAGAGAACCAAGUGAUGUUUCAUGGAGUGCUAUGAUAAGUGGUUAUUGCCAAAAUGGAAAAUUUGAGGAUUCUGUCAAAAUUUUCAAAUCUUUAAGGAGUAAAGGUCCGGUUCUUAAUUCAUGGAUAUAUACUAACAUUUUUCAAGCAUGCUCUGCACUUGCAGACUUCAAUUUGGGUGGCCAAGCUCAUGCAGAUGCUAUGAAAAAUGGUGUAAUCUCGUACCUAUAUGGAGAGAGUGCUUUGGUUAGUAUGUAUUCCAGAUGUGGAAGGUUAGACUAUGCCACUCAAGCAUUUGAAUUGAUAGAUGCACCUGAUACUGUUGCUUGGACUGCUAUAAUAUCUGGUAAUUCUUAUCAUGGCAAUGCCUCUGAAGCUCUAAGGCUUUUUAGGAGGAUGCAGGACUGUGGUGUGAGGCCAAAUGCAGUUACAUUUAUUGCAGUUUUAACUGCUUGUAGUCAUUCAGGAUUAAUUACAGAGGCCAAGCAUUUUAUGGAUACAAUGCUUAGUGAGUAAGGUGUGAACCCAACUAUUGAUCAUUAUAAUUGUAUGAUUGAUAUUUACUCUCGUGCUGGGCUAUUGAAGGAAGCAAAUGAGCUGAUAAAGAGCAUGCCAUUUGAUCCUGACACAAUGAGCUGGAAGUGUUUAUUGGGUGGUUGUUGGGUCCAUAAGAAUUUUGAGCUUGGAAAAAUCGGAGCAGAAAACCUCCUUCAGCUGGACCCCGAGGAUACUUCCAGCUAUAUUCUCUUAUUUAACCUGCAUACUUCAUCUGGGAAAUGGGAAGAAGCAGCUAAUAUUAGGAAAACGAUGACUGAAAGAAAUUUGAGGAAGGAACUUAGUUGCAGUUGGAUUACUGUCAAGGGAAAAGUACACCGGUUUGUGGUGGGUGAUAAACACCAUCCUCAGACAGAGGAGAUUUACUCAAAGUUAAAGGAGUUUAAUGAUUCCAUGUUAAACCAUGAACAUGGCCUUCUAACUGAAGAAGAUUUAUCAGCUAGUUUGCCUGAGCGAAAAGAACAACUUCUUGAUCAUAGUGAGAGACUUGCUAUAUCAUUUGGGCUCAUAUCAACCCCAACUAAUGCUCCUAUUGUAAUUUUCAAAAACCUUCGGGCGUGUAAGGACUGCCAUGACUUUGCAAAACAUGUGUCCGCGGUCACUGGGCGUAAGAUUGUGGUUAGAGAUGCCAGCAGGUUCCAUCAUUUCCACUCAGGGCAAUGUUCUUGCAACGAUUACUGGUGAUCUUUCCAAAUAGAACAGAAGAUAUCCCAGAAUGUACAGCAGGCAAGCUUUUUCACAUCACUGUUUCUCAGUUACAUAAGAUGCCAUUACGGCAUUCUUUUCUUUGAAAUGAUAGGCUAGUGGGGUAGGAUUUUGGUGUCCUAGCGACGGGUGGCUGUUUGCACGCGUGAGGCGUGAAUUUGCAGCAGGGUUUAUCACUAAAUCUUCCCUGCACUGUAGAGAAGAAAUCUACAGUCAUCACCUACAAGUGGAAGUGGGGUGAAUAAACCAAUCUUGGUUCGACAAGAUUCAUUGAAAUAUUGAAUUAUGUUAUUGGAUUGAGCGCCUUCAAGUGAUCACAGCCACAGACUUAGUAGCCCACCUAAAGUACAAAUGUAAUAUCAUAUGCGAAAGCGAUGCUCUACAAGCUGAUUAGCUGACACGUUGUUGCAUUGUAUCUUCCAAUGAAACCAAAAUUUCAUGCUUGGUCUUCUAAAGUCUAAACCUUGGGUAUAGGUUCAAAUCCUAUGGGACGUAAUUCCAUUUCCAUAUCAUAUUAUAA